AUAAUACGAGCAACCGGUGGCUUUUGUUUCGUUUAUCUGUGGAAACAAAGUUUUGAGGCCUUGGGUUGUUCUCUCUAAUCUCUGUUUUUUUUUUUCUUUUCUCUUUCUCCCUUCUCUAGGAAAGGAAAGUAAAAAAUAUUGAGAAAAGAAGGGAGAAAAUUGAGAAAAAGAAGCUAGCUAAGGCGUUGUAUUCUCGGAUUUGGUAAGUGAGAAAGAAUAGAUUAUGGGACUUUGUUGGUCUUUACAAGGAAUUAAAUAGAGUGUUUGUUCGGUGAGAAUGAGAGGGAGAUUCCAAAAGUGAAUGCUUUUUGUAGAGAGACCCAGAAAGGUAAUUUGUUGGUGGAUAUACUCUUGUAUCCCAAUUGGUUAUCUCUAAUUGUUUAGAGAUAGAGGAUAUAUAUAUUUAUUUGCAAUCCUUGUAUUGUUCGUACAUAAUCACACACCCAUAGAUUAAUAUAUUUGAUCCGUGUAAAGCCAAAGGGAUCACGGUGAUUAUAAGAAGGCAAAAGGAGAAGUGGGUUUUCACCACAAGUGAGAACUCAUUAGUAUCUGAGCCUUUUUUUUUUUAAUUUUUUUUGUGUGGGGAAUGGGAGUUGUUGUGAUGGAUUUCUGGCCAGAGUUUCUUGCAUGCAGCUGGGGUAGAGAAUUUGUGGCCGGAGGCUUUGGAGGCAUUGCCGGUAUAAUCUCCGGUUAUCCCCUCGACACCCUCCGUGUCCGGCAACAGCAUUCGAAUGCGGGUUCUGCUUUUCGCAUCCUUCGCAAUGUUAUAGCCGCAGAAGGCCCUUCUGCUCUCUACAGAGGCAUGGGUGCACCGCUGGCCUCUGUCACCAUUCAGAAUGCCAUGGUCUUCCAGAUCUAUGCUGUUCUCUCUCGAGCACUUGACCCAUCAGUCUCCACCAAAGAUCCUCCUUCCUACAAAGGUGUUGCUCUAGGAGGAUUUUGCACCGGUGCUCUUCAGAGCCUACUGCUCUCUCCUGUAGAGCUAGUGAAAAUCCGCCUCCAAUUGCAGAACAAUAGCUAUGCAAAACUCCAUCAGGCAGAUUCUUACAAAGGCCCUGUAAGUGUUGCCAAAAGCAUAUUCAAAACGGAAGGUUUCAGGGGAAUGUACCGUGGUCUAGCCAUAACUGUGCUGAGGGAUGCACCCUCCCAUGGUUUCUACUUCUGGACAUAUGAGUACAUGAGAGAGCAGCUUCACCCAGGCUGCAGAAAGGACGGCCAAGAAAGCCUGAAAACAAUGUUGGUUGCAGGAGGGCUAGCCGGAGUUGCCAGCUGGGUUUGCUGCUACCCCUUGGAUGUUCUAAAGACCAGACUUCAAGCUCAAUCACUCUCACCUCUACCAAAAUACACUGGCAUUGCUGAUUGCUUCCGCAAGAGUGUAAAAGAGGAGGGAUACAGUGUGCUCUAUCGAGGAUUAGGAACCGCCGUUGCGAGGGCAUUUGUGGUGAAUGGAGCUAUAUUUUCUGCUUAUGAGAUAGCUCUGAGGUGCCUGUUUAACAAUGGGAGCAUUCAAACAGAGAAUGCUAUUUAGGAAAUACCCUUUCCUUCGCUGUAAAGAUGAUCGACUUGCAACAUUGAUCACCCUCUACAUUUAUAAUUUAUUUGCAAAAUUCAGUGGGAACAGUUUUUGUAUAAUAUGUCAUUAUUAUUGCAGCGUUGCUUGAUGCAUUCUCCAGA